AUGGAUACACGUCCUUUACCUCCAGGAUGGGUUUCUCAAUGGGAUGCAAGCGCUGGAAGAUACUUUUAUGUUGAUACAACAAAAAAUCCUCCGGAAAGUACUUGGGAAGACCCAAGGGAAGCUUAUUAUUUCAAAACUUCAACAGAUUUAGAUGCACCGCCUCCGUACUCUCAAAUCCAUGAUUCCAACAGUAAAAAGCCAUCAAUGCCUAUAGCAUUGCCAUCUCCAGCUCCAUACCCGCCCGCUUCUUUUAACGACAGUUAUUCAGCUUCUUCUCCAUAUCCUCCAGAUUCAAAAGAUCCUCAACAAGGAGAAUAUCCUGCACAAGGGGUUUAUUCACCUAAUGGGACAUAUCAGCCUCAGCCAAAUUCAUAUAAUCCAUAUAAUCAAUACGGUGACGCUUCAACGUCCGCAACAGCAACUGCAGCCAAACCAAAGAAAUCUAAUAAAUUUUUGAGUAAAUUGGGAUUGGGUGGUAUUAGCAGCAAUAAACCUCAUAAACCUCCCAAGCCCAUCACUCCUGUUGCGGCUUUAGGGACUGCUGCUACUCUCGGAGCCUUAUCUUCUUCUUCUCAUCAUCAUAAACCUGGAAAAAAAUUAGGUUUGGGAAGCGGUAUAGGAUUGGGUUUAGGUGGUGCUGCUGCUGGUAUGUUGGUCG